CUUCCAAACCAUCCUCAGGUUUCCUUGCGUCGUUGUUCUGUUCUGGUCUAUCCUCCAAAUAUCAGUCUUGAAGGAAAACGAAAAACAAAAUCCUUCCUCUUUCAAUUCAUUCUUGCUGUCUGGAUCUUUGAAGACUCAAAUUUUCUAGGGUUCAGAUUGGAUUCUCUGAUUCGUAUAUCGUCGAAUAGGUUCUGGUUUUCUGGUCAAUGGAAAAGAUUGAUGGAAGAGUUUCUUAUCCUUCUCUUUCGAAGGAGAAGGAGAAUGAUGGAUUUGGCUUUGAUGAUGACAAUGGUGAUUCUGUUUGGGCUGUCCCAGAAAGCAGAAAAUCACAAUUAGGCUCAAAGUCAUUGAAACAAGAUCAUCUAUACCCAUUUCAGUGCGAUACUGAUGAUUUCCUUGAUGGAGGAUAUGAUUCAAGUGAUGAUACUGUUAAUUCCAUGAAAAAUAAGAGGCCUCCUGAGAUCAACUUGAAGAAUUUGUUAGGUGGGCUAUUUGCAAUUAUAACUGGGCAGAAUAAAGCACCAAGUUUUAUUGCAAAUCAGCAGCACCCAAGUUCAAAUGUUUCAUUUUUGGGCUCUGGAAAGAAUGGAGAUACCUACUUGCACUCGUCUGUUUACAUUCCCAGUGCCCCACCGCUUCUCAAGCCAAGUGGGGCUGACUAUGGUGCUUAUAAAGAAGUUUUGGAAGCUGAGCCUCCAGAGUGGCUUCCAGAUAGUUCUACCACAGUUUGCAUGCAGUGCACUGCUCCUUUCACGGCACUUACUCGUGGAAGACAUCAUUGUCGGUUUUGUGGAGGGAUUUUCUGCAGUGCAUGUUCUAAAGGGAGGUGCUUGUUACCUACAAAGUUUAGAGAAAGGAAUCCACAGAGGGUGUGUGAUGCCUGCUAUGAUAGGCUUGAUCCUUUGCAGGGUAUUCUUAUUAAUUCGAUUAGCAAUGCUGCACAAGUGGCUAAACAUGAUGUAAUGGAUUGGACUUGUGCUAGAGGGUGGAUGAAUCUGCCAAUUGGUAUGUCCAUGGAACAUGAGAUAUACAAAGCAUCCACUACAUUGAGAAGCUACAGCCAGGUUGCUGGAUCAAAUCCAGAGAGGUCCAUACCCUUGUCUAUUCUGAAAGGAGCCAAAGGCUUAGCAAUUUUAACUGUUGCUAAAGCUGGAGUUCUAGUCUCAUACAAACUGGGGACUGGUCUGGUCAUUGCUCGGAGGUUAGAUGGAACAUGGUCAGCCCCAUCUGCCAUCUUUUCUGUGGGUUUAGGGUGGGGUGCUCAGAUUGGGGGUGAGCUCACGGAUUUUAUAAUUGUGCUUCAUGACUCAGAAGCCGUGAAGACAUUCUGUAGUCGCAUGCAUUUUUCUCUUGGUGCUGGUUGUAGUGCUGUGGCAGGACCUGUAGGGAGAGUAGUGGAAGCAGAUAUUCGGGCUGGUGAUAGAGGUUCUGGCAUGUGCUAUACAUACAGUUGUAGCAAAGGAGCAUUUGUAGGUGUGUCGCUUGAGGGGAACGUGGUUGUAACAAGAAUGGAUACCAACCUACGGUUCUAUGGUGAUCCUUAUCUCUCCACAGAUGACAUUCUGCUUGGAACUGUGGACAGACCAAAGGCUGCUGAGCCCUUGUAUGGAGCUCUUGAAGACCUCUACCGUAGUCUACACUGUUAGUCCCUGCUUUUGUGAUUAGUUUCAGAACACUCUACAUGAAGAAUCCUGCAUCUGUGUACAGAGCAACUCCAAUCUUAUUAUGCUGGAUGACUCUAUUGAAGGUUGCUAUUGAGAUUUAUCUGCAUGGAGAAAGAACUAUCAUCUACACGCUUUCAUUCUUUUCUAUGCCCAUACUGUCAUUUAAUCAAAUAUAUAGCUUCAUCUGUCAAAUUACUCAGUUUAUUCUAUAAAUAUCCUUUUAUCUU